UUUUUUUUCUCUCUCUCUUGCAGAUGCCCCGUCACUGCUCUGCUACUGGCUGUUGCACUCGUGAUACACCUGAAACCCGCAACCGAGGCGUUUCGUUCCAUCGAUUGCCCAAGGACAAUCCACGGCGAACCACAUGGUUGGAGAAUUGUCAGCGGAAAGACAUGAGUGGGCAGGGUCUCUGGGACCCUGCCUCUAAAUAUGUUUAUUUUUGCUCCAAGCACUUUGAGAAGAAUUGCUUCGAACUAGUGGGCACCAGCGGCUAUCAUCGUCUCAAGGAAGGGGCUGUUCCUACGAUAUUUGAGCCUCAUGCAAAACCACGGCGGAAGUCUAAACUAAACAGUUCCAAACUUGCAAAGUAUCAACAGAAGCAGAGCUGCGGCUGCUACAAUGCGGAGGAGACAACAACUCCAUUGUGCAUGGAUGUCUCUUGCUUCCCCGUGCAAGAGCUGCCAAGUCCUGGGGCCGCUCCCACUACUGGUGAGCUUCGAAGCCAGCCUGAUCUCCCAGGGUCAGAACCAGAGAAUUUGGCCACUUUGUCAGACAUACCCCUGGAACAAUUACCAGCUGCCACUGGCCAAGAAGAGGCCUCGCCAUCUCCAGCUCUCCCAGAACCUGUAGAACCAUCUCAACCCGUUUCUCUCUCCCUCUACAUGCUACGACUCCCACCCCCAGCUGGUGCCUACAUCCAAAAUGAGCACAGCUACCAGGUGGGUAGCGCCUUGCUCUGGAAGAGGCGGGCCGAGGCAGCACUGGAUGCUCUGGGGAAAACACAGCGGCAGCUGCAAGCUUGCCGGCGUCGCGAACAGAGACUCCGCCUGCGCAUCUGUGAGUUGCAGCGCGAACGGCGGCCCCACAGUGCCGACGCGCACCGGCGGUUUAAGGAACACCUGCAGGUCUUCGAAUUGCAGCUGCUGAAUGACAUUGAAUGACUGGAAUCGGCCCAAACUUAACCUUUGCUUUGCGCGGUGGUGGCGUUGCAAACUUGGGCUCUCGUAUUUCCCAUCUCCAAGGUUAUGAUUGUUGUAGCAAAAUGUGGGGCUCUACAAACUUGGAAUCCGCUUCGUGCAACCCUGUUUCCCCUUCACGGUUCAUGCUUAUAUUCGUAAAGGAAUAUUUCUUUCGUAUAAAGUGGAUGUCCCAGCUCAGUUGAAAGAUAACCCGAUUGCUGGAGGACAGACGUUCAGGAAAGACCGUUAUUUUGAGGAUUUCAUUACGGUGCUGCCCUAGAGGGGGUCAUACUAUUUCUUUUUUUUUUCUUUUUUUUUAAAAAGCUGCUUGACAUAUUGAAUUUAGAGCUUGUCAUGGUUGCCCCAAUAGAAGAAAAAUCUUUUUGAUGCUUUAAGUCAGGGGAGGGCAACUGUGGCCCUUUUACAACCUGUGGACUUCAACUCCCAGAAUUCUGGGAGUUGAAGUCCACAGGUUGUAAAAGGGCCACAGUUGCCCACUCCUGCUUUUAAGUUAUAAGGCUGUAUGAUAUGAAAAAUUUACAAAGUAUUAUAUUAUCACACAAAAAAAACCUUUUUCCUAGCGUAUUCCCGCAGGUGCAGGGUCCGCUUAUUAUCACAAAAAAACCCCAAAAACUCCCCACCAAAAACUCAACAAAAUCAAUAUAUUUGCAUGUAUCAUAUUGCCAGACAAAUAUGGUAAUGAUUUAAAUCUGAAUUACCUAAAGAGAAAAAUUAGCUCUGUAUUCUUGGUUCUCUAAGGAAUAAUUUUGGAGAAGACAUUUAGCUGUUUCAGUAUGUAAGCUGCUAGGACACGAAUUUAGACAUCGCUUUGAAGCAAAGCUAAUUGCUGAAGCUCAAGAGAAGCGUAAUCCAAAUGUGGAAUUUCAGGAGAAUACUUUUAAUGCUGAAAUAAUGAAGAGAAACUUUUGGUUCACAAAUUAUGUCAACCCUGUAUCGUUUUUGAGUAAGAACUUUUCUAGACGUGCUCCUCGCAUAAUACUUUUCAGAAUAUUUUACUCACUACACAAGACGUUUUGGAUUCUCAUUCCGUUUUGUAAUUAGAAAGCUACUUGCAUGCAAGAAUCUCUUGCUGGAUCAAGGGACGGAUCUUCAGCUCUAAGUAAAAUCACUUUAAUAUAAUUUUAUUAAGAAGUUUGAUUACAAUAGUAGUAAUAAGUAAAAUCAUUUCUGUGGCUUAACGUACAGGUAGUCCUCAAGUUACAACCACAAUUGAGUUGCUAAGGGGAAAACAUUUGUUAAAUGAGCUUUUUUCCCAUUUUACGACUUUUCUUGCCACAGCUGUUAAGUGAACCAUUGCGUUUGUUAAAACUAGUAACAUGGUUGUUAAGUGAAUCUGGCCUCCCCCAUUGACUUUGCUUGACAGAAGGUCGCAAAAAGAGAUCACACGACCUCAGGACAUAGCAACCGUCAUAAAUACGAAACAGUUGCCAACCGUUGGGAUUUUGAUCAUGUGACCACGGGGGAUGCUGCGGCAGUUGUAAGUGUGAAAAACGGUCGUAAGUCACUUUUUCCAGUGCCGCUGUAACUUUGAAAGGUCACUAAGUGAACUGUUGUAAGUUGGGGACUACCUGUACUGAGAUCAGCCAAGGUUCUGCCAUCUCAAGCGACCCAUCAAUAUUCUUUCAAACCUAUAGGAGAUGUUUCCAAAUGUGGCCUCAUAAAUGCCUCUCUUUGAUUAGCUUUUUCCUUUUUAAAAGCAACAGCGAAGCCAUUUUUCUUACGAAGGGAAAAUUGAACAUGGAGAAUUCUACUCAGUCGUAUGCUUAUAAUCUUGUUGAAGAAUUGCAUAGGAAAAAUUGUGGGGACUUAUAAUUUGUAGACUUCAAUGUACUAAUAUUUAAUACAAUAAAACAAACUGAACAUUG